UAACUUCAGCUCAUCCAACACGUUGAACACUCAUCCAAAGAAAAUAUUUGACAUGUUGAUGAUAUUCUGUUUGUGCUCGUGGAGUCUGAGUGGAGUGUUUGGUGUUGAUGCCGUGAAGUCAGUGUCAGUGACUGAGGGAGAAUCUGUCACUCUAAACCCUGAUACUGAAAUACAGACAGGUGAACUGAUAAUGUGGAGAACUGUACACAACGACAGUCUCAUAGCUAAAAUCAAUGAAAAGGACAAGAAGACAGAAUUUCUUGAGAGAUUCAGAGACAGACUGACACUGGAUGAGAAGACUGGAUCUCUGACCAUCACAAACACCAGAACCACAGACUCUGGACUUUAUAAAGUCAUCAAUACCAGAUCAGACACGCCGUUCAACACAUUCAAUCUUACUGUCUAUGCUCGUCUGCCAGUUCCUGUCAUCAGCAGAAACUGUUCCGUUCUCAGACUGUCCCCAAGUUGUUCAUUGUUGUGUUCAGUGUUGAAUGUUAGUGAUGUGACUCUGUCCUGGUACGCAGGAAUCAGGUUAUUGUCCAGCAUCAGUGCGUCUGAUCUCAGCAGAAACAUCUCUUUACAUUUGGAGGUGGAAUAUCAGGAUAACAACAAUUACAGCUGUGUGAUCAACAAUCCUGUCAGCAACCAGACCACACAUCUGGACAUCACUCAACUCUGUCAGCCAUGUGGAGAUCAGAUAUCAACCUUAUAUAUAGUGCUGAUCUCUGCUGCUGCAUUUCUGUUGAUUGUAGUUGCUGUCGGAAUCUUCUGGAUUUGCAGGAAAACAGAACAAGAGGUUCAGAGUGAUGAAGAAAUAACGUAUGCUGAUCCGACAUUCUACAAAAGAAAAGCUCAAAAAUCGAGAGUUCAAGAGGAGGAAGAUGUGGUGUAUGCAGGAGUCGCCAUGAGACACUGAUCAAACUCUUGAUCAAACUGAUGUUGAGAGGCUGCCAUCUUUCUUUUCUCGUUGUUAAACUUGCAAAAGUGGAUUCGAACACGACCUAAGUGCACUUUCGCUGUGGGCUUUAAAAUAGUGCCUAAUUUGCACAUUCAUGAGCUGAUCUUCCACACCUGUCCCCCGUUUCCUCUACCCUUUAUAUUCCCAGAUGUGUCUAACAGUGUUUGUCAGUGGACUGUUUUAUGGCGUG